CAGUCAAGCGCUCUACUGACUGAGCUAAUUCUGCCGCGUUUAAAUCCUGCCGGGUUAGUUAUUAACGCUUAGUAAAGAGAACAGAAGAACCCAAAUUGCAUUUAAUUUUGUCGCCCGCCAUCUUUAAUUCCUUCUUUACAUGGGCACCACACGGACCGAAAUUUCUACAUGUGAAUCCAACGAAAAGUUGUCCCGCCUUAUAGGAUCUUGCUUUUACUUUGAUCUUCCCCCCUCCAUAUAAACAGCGCCCCUUAGCAGCUAAUUGCUACUUAUUUGAAAUAAGCCCUGAGAUGCUUGAAGCGCACGAAACCUACUCUUUAGAGGUCUUGGUUGUUUACCAUAACUUUUGCAUGAGCAAACCGGUCGUUUCACAUUUUGAGCAAAUGGUUAUGAUACAUUUGACAAAGAAAAAUUAGUGACUUGAAGUAAUCGCGAUGAAGACUUAAAGAACGUAUAAAUUCACUUUUUUCAGCGACGUUUCGCCGCCGUCGCCGUCUUCUGAUCUUAAUUAACGUCCCCACUUUUUUUUUCUCUAGACGUGGCGCUCAUCACAGACUCAUGUUUGAGAUGAGGCUCUCGUCUUGCCCAGGAAGAGAGGUUGGUAACCUACUUUUGAGCACUACUGUAUUUUCUGUAGUUUCAGAAUGAAGAUCUCUUUAGAUGGUGAAAAAUACACCUGGUACAGGGACACUAAAGGUGCAAAAGGUCGACGCAAAUUUGAAGCUAAUAGAGGUACAACUUGGUAAUACAGCCACCUGUAAAACAUACGCUUACCCGCAACUAAGAACCUGUUUAUUAAGAACUGGUUAGGCUAAAAAAGUACCUGUUAGGCUCACUCUAUACAAGAACCUGUCUAGCCUAAGAUUUGAAACAGGUUCCUAUUUUCUAAAGUCUACAAAAAAAUUCUGUACGAUUGGCAAAUAAGAAAAGUCAGCAUUCAGUUUCCUCUUUGGAGACAUCGCUGCCUUAUCACUCCAAUUGCAAUGCAAUGGUAUGCAGAUUUUAUAUAAGGAAUAAGGUAAAUACCACUUAAUGCUCUAAGCUAUACAAUGUAUUUUUUUUCUUCUUCAGAAAAUAAGAACUUAUUUGAGAACCUAAAUAACCUAAGGUUGUGCUAAUUACCAUUUAUGUUAGAACCGUUUAGGCUAACUUGGGAAAAUGCAGGUUCUUAGUGGCGGGUUUUUUACUGUAUGUGAAAUUACCCCGCACAUCAUUAACCUUUGCUGGUUUUAGUUACUUUACAUGCGUAGGGAAAGGUAUGAUGUACAUGUUACAGGUCAAAUUUGAUUUCAGGUCACGUAAAAUUUUUUAACCUGGUUGAUUCUCAAUUUCCUUUGUCUUCUAGGGCUAGGAGACAAUUGAGACUGAAAGUUAACCUAUUAGGUUAUAUCAAAAUUAACCUGAAAUCAAGUUUGACCUGUGAUAUAACACAUACAGUCAUUUUGCUUGUUUUUUGUUUUUAAUAACCUUUUAUCUUCUUGAUGUAUCGUUUUCAAUUCGUGAAUAUCAGAAGGGAUUCGUUUUACGCAGAAAAUCCGGCUAAUUAUGCCUAGGGAUGGAUAAAUUCAAAGACGGUAAGGCCAUUUCUCGACUGACAGUCUAAAACAUUAUUGCCAAAGAGAGACGAUCCACAAGUUCUUCACAACUCAGGGUGUAUUUCUGCACGUGUCAAGCUUCAUGCUCCCCGCGGAGCAAAUGCUUUCAGUUUGGCUCGAAAAUCAAAGCGAAUUUUGUUUUUCAUAUGUUGUUUCUCGCUCAUUCAGUUUCACUGAAACGAUAUUUGUGGAAAGUGGUGUCUGAAUCUAAGAAGUUGCGAAAGUUACCGAGUAGCCUGUGCCAGGCCCUCAGAUAGUAGGGAUGUCGCGAAAAGACGUGCGUUUUUUACAUCACUUUUUACUGCACGACUGUGCUAUUAUUUUGGAGCCUGGAGCAGGCUAGAUACCCAGCAGAUGCUGAAGUAACAAGCGUCAUUUCUCGAUUACGAAAAAUGAUGGGAAAAUGAUGGGAUUUAUUAGAAACAGCGUCCAUUUGGGGGUAAUGUAUACUUUAUAAGCGUGAAAGCAUUUUGUGUUCUAGCAUAUGGUCAUAAGGUGAUCUAUAAAAGACAUAAAUUCUUGUACAUUUUUUAAGGCAAGCAAUUAGUAUCAAUUAAUAAAGGAGGUAAAUUGCGGUCUGGUUUGGACUGAAGUGCAAACAACAACACAAACCUUCGAUUAAAUUUUAACUUUUUGUGCUAGAGACGUUAUAGUAGAAAAACAGUAAAUAAGACACGUAUUUAACGUCAGACGACAUUAACAUCUUCUGUUAAGUGCGUCCUUCAGACCCUUAACAGACGACUUUAACGUCUUAGACGUUAAAUGCGUCUAGUAUAAAAACGGGACGCCGUGAAUUGGGUAAUUUUCUAUCGUUUCAGCGUUCUCGUCUAUUUUUGUGUGUCCCGUUUUUACUCCAGUCUCAGCCGUUAAAAUGCGUCACGACGACUUUAUAGCGCCUUUCUUGUUCAUAAAUCCAUGUAUCUACACAGUUUGGUUCGAGUUUAUCUGAUUUUCUCUCUGACUAACUGCUGUGACUGACUAACCCUGUGGCAAAAUGUCAAAAAGUGACAUAAAUGUCUUUAAAAAUAUUUUUUUGGGGGGGUAGCCUUUUUUCAACGUACAGUGAACCGUUAAAUUCAUUUACCUAUGACUAUCUUUCCACUGUAGUCCGCGUCGCCGUUUUCAGAUAAAGCCUGAUCUGUUUGACAGAGUGUUAUUUUAUCCGACUAAAGCUAUAAGAUACAACAAAAACGUGCUACUUGUUUUGCAACGUUGCUGCAAAACGAGUUGAAAAGCGAUGUUGCGCGUUUUACCACCUACGAAUCAAACCUGUACUUUUACUUUUUGCAAUAAAAUCUAUACAUGUUGCGCGUUUUACUGGCCCAAGGCAACCUUGUUUUGCAGCAUGUGACGUAAAUCGGGUGUAUAGCGUGAUUCUCGCGCAAUCUUAUCCAAUCAGAAGUCAGUAUUCACGCAGCUUUUAACAACCUGAUUUGUUGCUAGAAAGGUUUGAUUCGUGGUUAGUAAAACGCGCAACAUCGCUUUUCAACUCGUUUUGAAGCAAUGUUGCAAAACAAAUUGUACUUUUUUGUUGUCCGUUUUACCGUAGCCUAAGGCCCGGUUCAGACGCCGAACUUUUCAUGAGCCGAACCUAAUUAGAAUUAAGGCCGAACCAAAUUAUGUAGACCGGCUGAAUUGAUUCAGACGCCGAUCUUAAUUCCAGCCAAACUAAAUUCAAGAGGAGAGAAAUGCUCAUUUCGGUCAAACUACUUAUACCUGGAUUUUUGAAAACCGGGUUAGCAAAAAUAUCAACUCAUUCUACUACUUGGCAAUUUAAAACAACAAAACUCGUUCAAAGGCCGAUUAAAAGCAUUUAUCUGACGUCGGGCAGUAAGUUAAUGAUCCCAAGAAGCAUUCCAACGGGUCCAAUUUUAAAAUGACACAAAUUUUAGAACAUUUAUUCAGUAAUCCGACUUCGCGAAGUUUCAAACCGGUGUCAUUUCAGUCUAGAAAUUUUGAAGUUGAGUGAACUGCAGCGAAAGAGUGCCUGGUUAAGGCUUAAGUAGCGGCAAAACACUACUUUUUUCGCGCUCCGAUAAACAACAGGAUUUCGCAUGGAAUAGACAUGAAACUGAAUGAAACAGAGUGCACAAAUUAUCAUCUUCUUAUCUGCAAAAACCGGCCUAUGGUUCAAUGCCAUUAGAGCCCGCUGAAACUAGACCUAGAUCCAAUUUUCCUGAGUCGAGAGUUGCUUUUCUAAGGUACAAUCAGCUAAGCUAAACACCGACGAAACAAUAUUAACGGCUGGCACAGGAUAGUUUGGCGAAACCGCAGUUCAACCACGCCAUGACAUACCUGUCAACACCAUGCGGAAAUCACACAAUCACACCUGCCUCGUACCCAGACGUCUCUCUCGUGCUCGCAAAGGAAGGCGGGAAGGAGACAACGGGCGAGACGGCGCUUGGCCUUCCGUCUGUACCCUUCCCAUGGUCCCUUGCGGCUCAUCACCAGUCGCUCCCCUCUACCUUGCGAAAAACGAAGCGCCUGGGAGGAUGCUGCAAUCACACACUUUCGCGGCACUGAUAAGACUAUCCACAACCAAGCAUAAUCUUCUUCACGUUCAACAUAAGCGAAAUAUUAGCAAAUAAACACCUCUGGACUUUUCUCUUACACUCGUCUUAUUCAAGUUCCGAAUGUAGAGUCGCACGGUCGGCGGGGACCACCUUAGCUUUGUUUUCACACCAGCGUAGGUUAUCAAGCUAGUGAAGCGACAUCACAAGCCACCUGUUUUGCUUUACUUUAGCGGUUUUCCUGGCUGACUUGUUUGAUUCUCCCUUCAGAUGUUUUGUAUGAAUAACAAAAUGCACUGUUAGCUCAAGUUUUAAAACAAAAAUGGUUAAAAGUCACCGGUUUUGCUCAUUCACAAACAACAAACAAACUUGUAAAUAAAGCUGUCAACGAUUCCGCCCGGGUUAGCGGGCAAGAUCGUAAAAAAACUGCCCGCUCUCGGAACCAACCAGAUUGCAGGAUUUGGAGGAUUCCGCUCGCUCGCAAGCUUAGAAACAAAUAAAAUACGAUAUUGGACGAUGCAGACGCUGCGAAUCGUAAUAACUUUGUCCCAUCUCAGAGCUUUACAUGAUGCUGUCCGGGAAACUUUCCUUAAGGUGACCAAUAUCUAAAAGUAAACUGCUAAACGGCACCGAAACCAGCUUCAAGCGCGCACUGAUUUCAAAUAACUGCCACUUGUAUUAAAGAGAGAAUUGUGGGUAGGGACAAAAAAAAUUGGGAGGGAGGGGAAGGGGGGGUAAGAUAGUAAUUCUGUCUACAUCCACUUCUACAAAAAUCCCUAACCACAAAACCAGCCAAAAAAAAAAACAUAGGCAAACAACACAGUAAACAAGCUAUUAGACAGGAGAAGUUGAGAAAAAUUACAAAAUGUUUGCUAAACCGGUUUUCGCAACUCCA